CCAGCCCGCGGCAGGCGGGGCGGCCGCGCCACCCCGGGCCCCGCGCCCGCAGCCCCUCGCCGGGCGUCCUCCGUUCCCGGCCCGCAGCCCCUCCCCACGCGGGGCCCGCUGGGCCGCCCCGUCGCGCCCCCGGCUCUGAACUCGAGUCACCGUGGAGCGCCGCCGCCCCGCAACUUUCACCGCGAGCUGGAAAUAUGGGAUGUAUAAAAUCAAAAAGGAAAGACAAUCUGAAUGACGAUGGAAUAGAUUUGAAGACUCAACCAGUACGUAAUACUGACCGAACUAUUUAUGUGAGAGAUCCAACGUCCAAUAAACAGCAAAGGCCAGUUUCAGAGUCUCAGCUUUUACCAGGACAGAGGUUUCAAACUAAAGAUCCAGAGGAGCAGGGAGACAUUGUGGUAGCCUUGUACCCCUAUGAUGGCAUCCACCCGGACGACUUGUCUUUCAAGAAGGGAGAGAAGAUGAAAGUCCUGGAGGAGCAUGGAGAAUGGUGGAGAGCCAAGUCCCUUUCCACAAAGAGAGAAGGCUUCAUCCCUAGCAACUACGUCGCCAAAGUCAACACUUUGGAAACAGAAGAGUGGUUUUUCAAGGAUAUAACCAGGAAAGACGCAGAGAGGCAGCUGCUGGCACCUGGGAACAGUGCUGGAGCUUUUCUCAUCAGAGAAAGUGAAACAUUAAAAGGAAGUUUCUCUCUGUCUGUCAGAGACUAUGACCCUGUGCACGGUGAUGUCAUUAAGCACUACAAAAUUAGGAGUCUGGACAAUGGCGGUUAUUACAUCUCUCCACGAAUUACUUUUCCCUGUAUCAGUGACAUGAUUAAGCAUUACCAAAAACAGUCCGACGGCCUGUGCAGGAGACUGGAGAAGGCAUGCAUCAGUCCCAAACCGCAGAAGCCGUGGGAUAAGGACGCCUGGGAGAUCGCGCGGGAGUCCAUCAAGCUGGUGAAGAGGCUCGGUGCCGGGCAGUUCGGGGAAGUCUGGAUGGGUUACUAUAACAAUAGUACCAAAGUGGCUGUGAAAACCCUGAAACCAGGCACUAUGUCUGUGCAAGCAUUCCUGGAAGAAGCAAACCUCAUGAAGACCCUUCAGCACGACAAACUGGUGAGGCUCUACGCCGUGGUCACCAAAGAGGAGCCCAUCUACAUCAUCACCGAGUACAUGGCCAAGGGCAGUUUGCUGGAUUUCUUGAAGAGUGAUGAAGGGGGCAAAGUACUGCUUCCAAAGCUCAUCGACUUUUCUGCUCAGAUUGCGGAGGGAAUGGCGUACAUCGAGAGGAAGAACUACAUUCACCGAGACCUCCGAGCAGCGAAUGUGCUGGUCUCCGAGUCCCUCAUGUGCAAAAUCGCGGAUUUUGGCCUGGCUCGGGUGAUUGAGGAUAACGAGUACACGGCAAGGGAAGGUGCUAAAUUCCCCAUCAAGUGGACCGCUCCAGAAGCCAUCAACUUUGGGUGUUUCACUAUCAAGUCUGACGUGUGGUCCUUCGGCAUCCUCCUGUAUGAAAUCGUCACCUAUGGGAAAAUCCCCUACCCAGGGAGAACUAACGCGGAUGUGAUGACCGCCCUGUCGCAGGGCUACAGGAUGCCCCGCAUGGAGAACUGCCCGGAUGAGCUCUAUGACAUCAUGAAAAUGUGCUGGAAAGAGAAGGCGGAAGAGAGGCCGACGUUUGAUUACUUACAGAGCGUCCUGGAUGAUUUCUACACUGCCACAGAAGGGCAGUAUCAGCAGCAGCCUUAGAGCUCAGGAAGACUCAUAGCCAUUCGCAGGGACGGCUGCCUCGUUAAAAAAGAAAAAAUAACAAUCACUGAUUGCACCAGUCAUUUCAUGUACUGGGAUGAGCCACCGUCCCUGCUUCCUGGAAGUGAGGCUGAAUUACUCAGGAAGAACACUCUCUACAUGGAAAAGGAUUCUCUUCCCAUAGGCUGAUGCCCACGGUUUGCAGCUCGGUUGGCUCCCAGCUGGCAAUCUUGCUUUACUAGACCCACAUCUGAAUACAACCUUCUGAGAAGAAAACAGCUGUUCUAUCCAAAAUGCACCCACUUUGGCCUCCUGAUUGCAAUUGGAUGUGUGGGCCAUUUCAAUAAAUCCCCAAUAGUAGCAGAACUAAACUCACUCAUGAAGGUGAAAUAACCAGGUGCAGAUCAUGACACUUCUUUGUAUUUUCUCUGUGCUUUGGCUUAUUUGUUAAAAAAUUACUAAUCCAACCUGUUAGAUUUUGCAGGUAAAGUCAGAAGCUUAAAAAUAUCUUUCCCAGAUUUCAGUGAUCUCCUGUCCCCCUAAAAUCUGAGACUGUUACACAUUUUCCUUCCGUGGGGACUGCUCGGACCCCAGAUAGGAGGCAGCAGCAGCACUUCCCUGUAGAAGCGUCAUUGGUGAGCAUGCAGAGCUGCUGAGCUAGGUGACGAGGAGCCCACCGACUGCGGCUUGCCCAGAGCUCCCUGGAAAGGGAGAAAACCCUCAGAAACUGCUCUCUCUUCAGAAGGAAUGUUUUUAAUGGUCCAGCUUUUCAAUUCCACAGUUUCCUAAAUACAGACUUUUUUGACUAUGUAGUGUGGAAGAACAGUAAGAUUUAAUCUCUGCAGAACCUGAUAGGGCCUUAUAAAACACAGGAGUUUUCUUUAUUGCUUUGAAUGAUUUGAACAUUAUUUUAAUGAUCAAAUAUUAACUUUAGUUGUACUUUAGAAAGUAAAAUGCCAUAUUCUGGGUUAUUUUUGUGAUUCAGCAAUCUUUUCUAAAUUGUGUUAAGAUGUGUGUGAGACUAUUUAUACAAGAAUAUAAGAGAAAAUGAGUGACUUGAGGCUCAGAUGAGCGACUGUAGCAAGAGAUGCGAGAGGUUUUGUUUACUAAACUUUUCUACUGUACGCUUAGAAUGGGAAAUGCUAUAUCACAUCAUGUUUCACUCUACUGUUGUGUAUAUACAUAAUAUUUCUAUUUUGUGAUUUUAUUUUAAUAUACCUGGCCCAAUAACAUCUCAAGCUUUUUACUUGUGUUUAACAUUUCCAACAUAAAAAUGAGUACCAGCUGGGGGAAAAUGAGAGGUAAUUCCAUAUAGUUACGUUGUUUAAAAAACUUGUACAAGUUCUACCUCCAUCCUUUCAGUGUUUUCAGAUUGGAGAACUGAGGAGUUGAUGGCCUGGACAUCUGACCAUCCCUUUAUGGGAGCCAAAUAGUAUUUGUUUUCAAAUAGGCUUAGCAUGCACCGUUAAAAUUUCAUUUUGUAUGUGUUGGCUAGGUGUUGGGUGCCUAGGGGAAGGGAUAAAAUAUUCUACUUUCCCCUAAAUUUUAACUUCUUUUCCUGUGUGAUUUUUUUUAAUAUCUCUUUUAAAAUUCUUGAUUCACAAGUGCCGUAUUCACAAAGAUAGAGUAUUAUCAUCAUAUAAUGUUGGCAUAGCUUGAUUCACAAUGGUACGUUUUCUGCAUAUACCCAUCUGUUCACAUUUUACUUCAGAAUCACACAUAUAACCCACUGUGUUACUUGGAGAGACAAUGUAAAGAAUCCCUAAAGCAAAAAGAAGUCUCUAGAAAAUUACUAAAUUUAUCUUCACCUUG